AUGCUUCGCACUCGUUACUACAUGAUCUUUAUUUAUGUAUUUAUUAUUAUCGCGAUGUCUGGUGAAUGCAGUUUCAGCUUUUUCGGCACUCAGUUUAAAAUAAAGGUCCCCUUUGUCUCAUUUGUUAAUACCGAAGUAGUGAACACCACAACCGAGGAUAAAAAAGUGCUACAGUAUUCGGAGGCAAACGAAUCGUUUGGGUCUUUAGAAAGAGCACAAAAUGUCUCAAAUAUCAGUUAUGCAGGAUUUAUUUUGGCCCCAACUGACAUCGUUGAUCUCGCUGGUGUACCGGAGUGUCUACUAAUGGCGAUGAGAUAUGCCCUUUUUAAGUUAUUUACCUUUGUAUCUGUCGGCGUCCUAACUGGAAGCUUAGUGAUUUCAAUAACUACUUUCUUCAUGAACUAUACGAUAAAGUAUGUGAUAAUUAUGGCAUGGUUUUCCACUAUUUGCGUUUCAGCUUCAGCUUUUGAAGUCUUUGAACUAGUUUAUCAAUCAGAGUGUACGGGGACUCUAGCGUCAUUUGAUUUUUUUACCUCGAUAAAAUUUUCCAAAUCUAAGUUUAUAUUCCAUGGAGUUUGCGUUGCUGCUUCUUUGCUUGCCAGUACUUUGUCUUUAUAUUUGUAA